AUGCGUAUUCUAUAUAUACAUAAAAAUACUAUGGAUAGCUCCAUUUUUCAGGCCAAAACGAUACAACUACAGUCUCUCUUACCACCGGAGUAUAUAUUCGUAUGGAUGGAUAGAGAGUUUCACGUCCCUGCCCAAAAAGAACUCACGGACGUAUACCCUUGCCCAUAUUUAUCACAUUUGGAGGAUCUUACAACCAGAGGUACCGCGGCCGCUGUGGCUAAAAUCGAAGAUUUUAUCCAGAGUCACGGACCUUUUGAUGGCCUCAUGGGUAUUUGCGAGGGUGCGAGCCUCUGCGCGACAGUUAUUCUGAAAUAUCAACAGGAGAGUCCUGCUUCGCUUUCUCCGUUCAAAUUCGCCAUCUUCAUCAACAGCUGGCUGCCAUUCUCGUGGACGCCCAAGCUCGGCCACGACGUCACGUAUCUCCUCUUAGGCGAGAACCCCCUUGACACGAACGGUGAAAAUUGGCAGAAAGGCAGACCCGCCAUGUGA